AUGAAGUCUCUCCUUCGCGUAACCGCCCUCUCUGUGGCUCUUCAGCCAGUCCUCGGACAGUAUUCUAUCUGGGACGUUGUACGCUGUCUUGACAUCUCUCUGUCGCAACGUUGCAUUGACCAUCUGCGCAAACAGUGGCAGACCCGUUGGGAUCGAGGCAAUCUAUUCACGAACAUCUCGCCCUCGAGUGCCAUCAAUUUCGGUACCAAGGGCGCAAUUGGAUCCGCCGACAUCGUUGUCGAUGAUAGCACUGUAUAUCAGCAGAUGGACGGCUUCGGUGGCUCUCUCACCGACUCCGCUGCAUCUACGCUGGUUGGCCUCAAGAACAAGAACUCCGGCAACUACAACACUCUGAUGCAUACAUUGUUCGAUCCAACCGAUGGCGCACAAGCGGCAGGGUUGAAUAUCAUCCGCGUUCCCAUCGGAGCUUCGGACUACUCGACGAUGGACUACAGCCUAGAUGAUACCAGCGGCGACACGUCGCUCUCGCACUUUAGUAUCAAUGCCGUCCCUGCCAACAUCUUCACCGUUCUCGCCGACAUCAAGGCCAUCAAUCAGUACAUGAAGGUUCUUAUCACGCCGUGGUCUCCCCCCGGCUGGAUGAAAGAUAGCAGUUCGAUGAAUGGUGGAAGCCUUUACGACUCGGACGUCCAAAUCUACGCGAACUACUUGUUCAAGUCUGUUCAAGGCUUUGCCAGCAAGGGUUAUACGCCUUGGGCUAUAUCUAUCCAGAAUGAACCUGAAAACAGUAACGGCAACUACCCGACAGCUUCGAUGUCAGCCAGUCAGAUGGCUAAUAUCGCUACCGCGCUCCGCACCCUUCUUAACAAUGGAGGCUACUCGGGCGUCAAGAUCAUCGGAUACGAUCACAACUGGGAUGACCCCAGCUAUCCCGAGUCAUUGAUGAGCUCCGCCAGUUCUGCGUUCGAUGGUGCCGCAUUUCACUGUUACGGAGGCGACGUCUCUGGCCAAACGACCUUCCAUAACGCAUACCCGAGCAAGAACAUUUACUUCACCGAGUGCUCUGGAACGUACGGUUCUGACUGGUGGUCCGACUUAAAGUGGAAUGUUGACCAUAUCACGGCCGGAGCCGUCGAGAACUGGGCUCGCACGGCUCUCUUGUGGAACAUCGCGCUCGACGGCAACGGCAACCCCCACCUUCCAUCCCAACAACCGUGCGGUACGGCAGGCUGCCGCCCAAUUGCAACCGUGAACAGUGAUGGCAGCUACUCUCUGAAUCAAGAAUAUUACAACCUCGCUCAGGCCGCUCGCGCUGUGAACCCCCGCGAUAGUGGAGGCCCCUUCGGUCAACGCAUCAAGGUUACAUUGGGUGGCAACCUCUCCUGGGCUCUCAGAGUCACCGCAUUUGUCACCCAUCGUACAUCAAGCAGCGACUGGUUGCGGUACUCCAUUCAGGUCCUGAACUGGGAUGACUCAUCGAGCACCACCUGGAACCCAGUGGACGUUACUGCGACUAUCGAGUUCCGUGGUGUACAGGCAACGUAUACGUUCCCAGUCGGUAUUACGACUUUGUGGUGGUACGCGCCCGCUCAGUAA